AUGUCCUCCCCCGCCGUGAGCAAAGCACCCCCCAAGCUGGGCUCCAAGGCCGGAACCCCCGCAAAAGCUCGCAAAGCCUCUGGCUCCAGCGCAGCCAGCAAACCCAGCACCACUGGCGCAAGCCCCAAAGCCACGAAGAAGACAACCACACCCCGCAAACUCUCCCAGAAAGCCCCCGAACCACUCGACGACGAUAUCGAAGAACAGUCCAUCCCAGAGACACCUUCCCCGAAGUCGAAGAAGCGCACCGAGCAGCGUCGCCCCAUCUCCCCACCCGACGACGCAGCCUCCCAGGCUCCUUCCGCCUCCGGCUCCGCAGCCCCACUUGGCCGCGCUGCCUCAGGGUUGUCUGGUAAGGCCAAGGGCCUCGCCGGUAAGACAAAGGAGACAGUCCAGCAAGGUUCCGAGGGUGUGCAGAAUGGUGCGAAAAAGGCCACCCAAACUGCCACCGAUAACCUGCCCGUGCCAUUUGACUUAUCUGCAUUGAAGGGUCGUGAGGUCGCCGAGGGCGGGAAUAUCCUUGGACAAGAUGGGAACCCCAUUGGCAAGGUUGUCGAGGGGGAUGCGGAGGAUCUUGUCGGACAGACUGUUGGCGACGAUGGGGAGAUCGUUGAUGAGGAUGGUGAUUUGAUUGGUCGCGUUGAUAUCCUACAUGAGGUCGCCGACCAGGCUAAGAAUGCUGCCGACGACGCCCAGGAGAAUGUUGGAGACGUUGACCUGGAGAAAGUUGUUACGGAUAUCGCUCAGCUUGAAGGCCUUCCUGUUUCCGAUGGUGGUGUUAUCAAGAACGCUGCUGGUCAGAUCGUCGGCCGGAUUGUUGAGGGUGAUCCUGAAGACCUUAUUGGGUAUACCCUUAAUGAGGAUGGUGAGAUCGUUGAUGAAGAAGGCGAUGCCAUUGGCCGCGUUGAUCUGAUUCCUGUGGAUGAGCAGAAAAAGGCUAUCGAAGAUACUACUGGUGAUGCCGCUGAUAAGGUCGGUGGCGCUAAGGAUGACCUUGAGGAUCAGUACGAAGAUGCUCAGGAUGGUCUCGACACCGAACAGGCUAAGAGUGCUGUUGAUGGCGUCGCUGAUGAGGCCAAGGACGAUGUUUCUGACAUCGAAGGAAAUGUCGACAAGGCUAAGUCUACUGCCGAGGAUGCUGCCUCCGACGCCGGGGACGCUACCGAUGACGUGGACGGUGUUGUCGACGAUGCCACGGACGCCGCCCAAGAUAGCAAGAUCGACCUCGAAGAUAAUGUCGAAGAUGCUAAGACUGCCGCCGACGACGCCGGUGAAGACGCCACUGAUACUCUCGAUGACAAGCUCGAGAGUGCUAAAGACACCACCGAAGAUACCGCCGAAGAGGCAAAGGACACCGCCGAAGACGCGGCUGAAGACGCCAAGGACACCACCGAGGACGCGGCUGGAGACGCCCAAGAGACCGCCGAGGAUGCUGCCGAAGAUGUCGAGCAACGGAUCCCCGGGCUCGAGACCCUCGAAGGCAAGGUCUGUAACAAGCUCGGCUACAUCAUCGACCAAGCGACCGGCAAGCCUGUUGGCCAACUUACCGAAGGCGACGCUAAGAAAAUCUCCAAGCUCGGCGCCACACUCGACGACAAGGGCCAGUUCUGGGACAACCGCGGCAACGUGAUCGGUCAAGCCAAGGCACUCCCAAUUGAGGAGGACGAAGGCGAAGAAGGCCCCUUCUCCGGUCUAGAAGGUCUUGUCGUCGGCGAAGACGGCUUUGUCGAAGACGAGAACUCGACUCGCGUUGGCCGCCUAAUUGAAGGCGAUGCUAAGAAACUGAGCGGCCGCGGUGUUGACGAGGAUGGAGAAAUCCUCGAUCGCAAGGGUAACGUCAUCGGGCGCGCUGAGCGCCUCGAACCCGAGGAGGAAGAGCCAGAGGAGGAAGAGGUCGGACCUGAUUUCUCUGCUGUCAAUGGUCUCACCUGCAACAAGGCUGGCUAUGUCAUCGGACCCGAGGGGUAUCCCAUUGCCCGUAUUGUCGAGGGAAACCCCAAGGAGCUUGCCGGUAAGAAGAUCGAAGACGGCGAGAUCUACGACGGAAAGAAGGUCGUUGGCCGUGUUGAGCUCAUCCCUGAAGAUGAGCUUGAGAGCAAGCCCGAGGGUCCCUUCGCUGGUAUGGAUAGCCUCUUUGUGACCAAGGAUGGAUUCGUCGAGGAUGAUGAGGGAUCCAUCGUUGGUAAGCUAAUCGAAGGCGACGCGAAGAAGCUUCGUGGUCGCGCUGUUGACGAGGAUGGCGAGAUCACCGACAAAUACGGCAACGUCAAGGGUCGUGCGGAGCCUUACGAACCUCCCCAGGAGGAGGAGCCUGCCGAGGAGGACCUUUCUAUCCUCGAGGGCAAGGUUGUUAACAAGUCCGGUAACGUCGUUGACCCUGCCACUGGUGCUGUCGUCGGACGCAUUGUCGAGGGUGACAAGCGCCUCGCUGGAUGCAAGGUCGAUGGCAAGGGCCAGAUCUGGGGUGACAAUGGCAAGGUUGUUGGACGUGCUGAGCUCAUUCCCGGCGCCGAGAAGCAUAAGGAUGAAGGCCCAUUCUACGGUUUCGACAACGCCGUUGUCGGCAAGGACGGAGUCGUUCAAGACGGUGAGAAGAUCAUCGGACGUGUGAUUGAAGGCGACGCCAAGCGUCUUCUCGGUCGCAAGGUUGAUGAGGACGGUGAUGUCCUGGACAAGAACGGCAACACAAUCGGCAAGGCUGAGCGCUGGGAGCCCGAGGAGAAGAAGCGCGAUGUCAACCCCAUGUCUGGGCGCAAGAUCACCAAAGAGGGCGAAGUCCGCGAUGCGGAUGGAAACCUCAUUGGCAAGCUGACCUCGGGUAACCUCGCUACGCUGGUUGGCAAGACUGUCGAUGACAACGGCUACGUUGUUGACAACGAUGGUAACAAGAUUGGCGAAUGCACCUUGCUUGAGAACAUCCCCGAGCCUGAGCCCGAGGAGCCCGAGGAGCCCCAAGAGGAUGAGGAAGAGGGACCCACGGCCGAAGAGCAGGAGGCUGCGGCUAAGGCCGAAUCUGAUCGUCAGCUCGCCGAGAAGAUGAUCUCCAUCCUCAGCCAGACCCUUGAUCGAGUCAAGCCUGUUUGCAAGCAGAUCGAAGAGGCCUGCCAGAAAGCUGACCGCACCCCGAAGGAGGAGCUCGACGAGGAGAAGCUUGUUCAAACCGUUAAGCCGCUCCUCGAAGAGGGAGGCCGCAUUCUGCAAGAGUGCAACGGAGCUGUCCGUGCACUCGACCCCGAUGGACGCAUCGCCGCGACUGCUAAGGCGCGCGCUGCUUCUCGUGAUGCCACUCCUGAGGAGUACCAGCUUGCCGACAUGAUCAAGGAGCUCACUGAGACGGUCAUCAAGACUAUUGAUAACGGCAAGAGACACAUCGCCGAUAUGCCUCAUGCGAAGAAGAAGCUGAGCCCACUCUGGGGUUUGCUCUCCGAGCCAUUGUUCCAGAUCAUCGCUGCCGUUGGCUUGUUGCUUAACGGUGUGCUUGGACUGGUUGGCCGUCUGCUUGAUGGCCUUGGUCUUGGUGGAUUGUUGAAUGGUCUGCUAGGCAGUCUCGGAUUGGACAAGUUGAUUAGUGGACUUGGUCUGGGCAGUUUGACUGACGCUCUUGGACUUGGUGGAAAGAAAUGA